GCGAGCAUCUCGCACUUGGAUCUUGAACCGACGCAAGCGUCGCAUGGAGCCACCGUGGCGCGACAAGUACGAGCGGCUCGGCGAAGAGCACCGGCAGCUCAAGCGACACAUGCACGAGCUCAAGCUUGAGCUCAAGCGAACGACGACCAAGCUUCGGGCCAAACCCGACGCGCGGGCAGCAGGGCCCCAAGCCUACGUCCAGUCACUCGAGCACGAGAAGGCCGCGCUCACCACCCGCGUGCGCAGCCUCGAGUUGCGGCUCACAAAUCUGCCAGGGGGCGCACCCGCAAAGCACAUCGCGACUGUCAAGCGCAAGCAGUCGGCGACUCAAACCGAGGGCGAGACCACGACCGUUGAGAACAACGCACCGCAAAUGGCGCUCGUCGACGCCCUCCGUAGCCGCUUGACCGAGCUCGCCGCCAACCUCGCCCGCCUCGGCCAGGAAAAUGCGCUGUUACAAGACGCCAACGAGAAGCUCCAAGACGCCGCCUCCACGAUGCCGUCCGAACUCGUUGAUCGGAGCGCGCUGCUACAAGCGCAGUCGGAAACCACCAGAGCCCGCUUCGACCUCGGUCUUGUCUCUUCCAAGCUGGCAGAUGCGCAAAUGCAGCUCCAGGCCCAAGCGACCGUGCAAGCGCAGACGCUAACACAGCUCGACGCGCUCUUGUCAGCCAACACCACGGCGCAAGCCGAGUGUGCGCGGCUCCGCCACGUGGAAGCGGACGCGAACACCAAAGACGCGACCAUUCAGCACCUACGCGAAGACGUGUGUCAACUGCGAAAUGAAAGUUUGCAGCUGCAUGCUCUUGUCGGCUCUCUCUCGUCGACGCCGUUCGGACACGACUCGAUCCGCUCCAACAUCGACCGGCUCAUGCUUCAGACCAAGGACCUCGAAGAGCAAAACACGCUCUUAGACGCCGAGGUCGCCAACGAGCGCCAGCGGUCGCGACACCUCGAUGCGACGGUCCAGACGCUCAAGCACCAAGUGGUCGAGCUCCAAAAGCAGCUUCAGACGCAAGCGGACGCCGAAGCUAGUUUGCGCACCGAGCUCGCGGAGCGGUCCUUGGCAUUCGAGGCGCUGUCGUUUCAAGUUGGCGUUCUCCGGGCCCCGACCACAAGCGCGGUCUUUACGUCGGCGCUUGCGAUUGCAACCAAGCAGCGCUGCCACCCGAGCAACACACCCUUCCUUCUCGACACUGCCUCGGCCAGUUCAAUCGAGCAUCUCGAAGCCAAGCUCGCGCGCUUGACGGACGCGAGUGCGCCGACGUUUCGUGACGUAGCGCGCCUGCAGCAAGUCGCCAACACGUACAAGGAGCUCAACGCCGACUUGGAGAUGCAGCUUGCGACCCAGCGCCGCCAGUUUGAGAUUGAGUUGCAGCAUCUCCAAAGCGACCUCGCCGACGCCCAGCGGGCCCUUCUCGCACGGACGCGGUCUGGACGACCCAUGGCGCCUGCCGCCAUUCCUACGCCACAGGCACCAGCGCUAUCAGACGUUGAAGAUACCAACGAGCUGCGCAUCGCACUCGAUCAGCUCGAUUGUAUGCUCGGCGCCACACCACAUGUGCUUGUCCUCGACUACGGCGCGUUCGAGUCGCAAGUCUCACCGCGACUUCAGGACGAGAGCCCGCUGGCGUUUGCCACAUCAUUUGCAGUUGUCGUCGACGCCGCCUUUUUCGCAGCGUCGUACGUGCGUCUGGAGCUGCACGCGCUCACGACGCACGUCCCGACGCUCACAGCGGUGGCGACGCUCUCCCUCGAGCCGCUCUUCGCUUCGAUUACUGGUCGGCUCGAGGUACUGGUGCACCUUAUGGACCCGCGUCUGGGUACGCACGUGGCCUCGCUGCGCGCAGCGGUGACUCUAGCCUCGCCCGUGUCCGCGCGCUACGGCAACGAGGUGGUGUCGCCAUCUUGCAUGGACAUGCCGCCGUCGGAUACGAGCCCGCAGACGACAGCGGUCGAGAUCUCCUUGGUCUCGCUGUUUGCCGACCCGGUGGCAUUUGCCGUGUGCGGGAUGUUGGAUGCGUCGACGCUCUCGCUCGAGUAUAGCUUCUUUGGCUACUUAGCUAUCCGCACGCCACUGGUGCUACCUGCAUCCGGCUCGUUUCACGUCCUAUCGGGCUCAACGCAGCGGCACUUUACGCUCCACGGCGCCAGCACCGACGCCCGGCUCCAAACCUAUGCGCUCCACGUCUCGCUGCUACAAGACAAUGUGUACAUGGCAACCGCAACCAUUCCGCUGCGCUCGCUGGUGCUGACGUCCAGCGGCACCAAACGCCAUGGCCACCGGUCGCGACUGCUCGGGUCGUUCGCACUCGUGCGCCACGACGAUGGCCACGUUCUCGGCCGCCUUGGCGUCGCAGUGACGCGCACGACGUCGAUAUGCCCGCGCGCAAUGACGUGGCAGCCUGCGUGGUGGGCGACGCUGUGCCUCCAGUUUCAAUCGGGUGCGAUCGACAUUGAUGUCGCGGGCUUCCUCGUCGUCGUUCACGGCGGUGUCUGCUUUCAGACGCAGCGCAACCGAAUGUGGGCCAUGCGGCGUGGCGGGACGAUGACCGAGACGAGCGAAGCUACGGCGUACAUUGCUAGCUUUCCCGACGCAGCCCAAGAUGUUGUGCGCCGGCUUUUGUUUGUGGUGCAGUGGUCGCCCGCGUGGCUAGCGAUCGAAGACGAUGUGCUUUCGUACUGGCGCUUGAAGCACCAUCGACUGGACGCACUGCUUCCAUCACCAUCAACGACUACCAUGCCGUCCAAGUCGUUUCAGGAAACGCUCGAGCACGCCAUGUACUAGUUACACUGCAGCAACGCUUCUCCGACAACGAAUAGACUUGUGCUCCACGUUGGGACGUGUACUGUCGACUCCUUUUGCAUCCAAUACAGAAUCUCACUUGGACCCGAA